AUGGAAGCGCUCCUUCGAGGCCUCAAUCGGGUCCUCUGCGUGCUAUAUCGUUGCCAGCUGUAUGAGCUUCUUCUUACGGCGAAUGAAACUUCAGACCAAGCACGCAGUAAUCUUCGUCAGGCUUUGAUCGAACUCUACAUCGUGAUAUUGAGGUUUUUGGCAACUGCGAUUCGGGUCUACGAAAAGAACUCUUUCCAAAGAACCUUCGCCGCCUGGACUUCUGAUGAGCUUCUCCGAUUCGAGAAGGACUGCCAAGAUCGUGAGAACCGUGCUGAUUUCGAAGCACGGAAUUGCGAUAGAUCCGCGUUUUCUGAGAUUCUUAAGGUGCUUCAGACCUUGCCGGUCAUACAAGAUUUAGCAGACUCGAUCGAUUCAAAGGUUACUUUAACAUGGGAACUCUUGCAGGAGAAAGAAAUGGGAGACAUGCUUGCAUGGGUCUCGGGCAUACCAUAUGAGGAUCAUCACAAAGCGGCUUGCAAAGACCGAACAGAAAAUACUGGAGGGUGGAUCUUCAAAGAAACAAGAUAUCAGGAGUGGUAUAAAUCUCAUGAUUCGGCAAUUCUUUGGUUGCAUGGUAUACCCGGUGCUGGUAAGACCAAACUAGUUUCCCGAAUCAUCGACCGUAUCCAGGACGACCAUCCACAAACUACUCUGGGAUACUUCUAUUGCAAUCGAAACGAAGAAUCACGACGUGAGCCAACACGGAUCUUGCAGAGUUAUGUCCAGCAAUUAUCUGUAUCUCCACAGCAGGGAGCCGUUCACCAAUCAUUGAAUGAUCUGUACAAGAAAAAUCAGCGUAAAGGAGGAUCUUCGGCCGGAUUAAAUUUUGAAGAGAGCGAGGAGUUACUGCUGAUAUUGAUGAAAGCUCAUUCGAAGACGGUCCUGAUUCUGGAUGGCCUGGACGAAAGUCACCAAGACGAUCGUGCAGAAUUCAUCGAGAUUUUACAUCGCCUGAUCUCGCAAUCUGCAAACCUCAAAAUCUUGAUUUCCAGCAGAUGCGACGACAAUAUUAAGAGACAGCUGGAAUUAAAACCGAACAUCGGUAUCGAGGCUACCAACAAUCAAGACGACAUAAGGAGAUUUGUUAGCGAAAGACUCAGAAUCAUGGAUACCCGCCGCCGCACUCCAAUUUCCGAGGCCAUGAAGAAAGAGAUCAUAAAGACACUCUUAGAAAAGAGUGAAGGGAUGUUUCAGUGGGUGGCACUCCAAGUGCAUCAAAUCGGUCGCCUGUAUAUCGAAGGGGAUAUUCGAAAGCGCCUGGGACGACUACCGAAAGGUCUUAAGGAAGCGUAUGACGAGAUUUUCGACAGAAUAGAAAGUGCAGAAGGAAGUCAGCCGGGCAUUGCUACACGGGCAUUCACCUGGAUUCUGCUAUCCUUUGAGCCACUGUCAUCGGAUACCCUGGUCUCUUUUGUGAGCCGGGACCCUGAAAGCGGUCUGAUAGAGCACGAUGACUUGAACAUAUAUAUUCUGCUUGACGCUUGUUGCAAUCUAAUGGUCGUUGAUGAGAGAAGAGUGCCCAUCGGGAGUACAAAAAGCAAGGCUGUGGAGUAUGCAGAUAUCUGCCGCCUCUCUCAUUUGUCCGUGCGAGAGUACCUCGAAGAAAGAUUUUAUGGUAACAACAAAUCCGGAAGACUUGGUACAGCACAUACUGGAUUGGCGACAGUGACAAUCAAGUGUCUGCUUGAGACCAACGAUUUUCGCAUUCAAGACACAAAACUCAUCGACCAACCAGCAUUGGUAUAUGCUGCAAAGUUCUGGCAUCAGCAUUCCCGGAAGUCUUUAGAGUCAGCACCAUCAAAGACAGUGAAAGAUCUGGUCAGUAUGAUGUUUGGCAAGAAAUACGACACAGCCUACUUAAAUUGGAUUUGUAUCCGUUAUCAAGGGGCAGGUAGACACGGCCCUGGAAGGCUGUUCUACGCAUGCGCCUUUGGAUUCGAUUUCGUCGUGGACACCUUGUUGAGGGAGGGUGCGAAGGUCAUUCAAGGGGAUAAGACGACCAGUCCUAUUGUUGCCGCUGCAGUCCGUUGCCAUGCAGGAAUACUGUGUCAGCUGCUGCGUGUCUGUCAGGUCAUUGAUCAGCAAGAUGUCUGUGAUAUCUUGAAAGACAUCAAAGGAGACUUUACAGAAACAAUGAACGUGUUAUCUCAUCAAGGAGCGCUAGGCUCAUGUGAAGGAGGUCAACCGAAGGAGAUGAGCAGCGAAAUUAUGGAGCGAAGAAUGAUGGCUGCGGCAAGAAACCAGAAAGACGGUGAUAAGAUUGUUGCUUUUCUGUUCGACCGACACGGUGCCGAUAUCAAUGUCACUGAGGCUGUGACCAAGGCUGCGGCAUCAAACAUUGAGAUUGGGCACAGAGUAAUGCUGGUUCUGCUUGAAAAGCGUCGAGCCGAGGUGAGGCUCACAGAGGGUCUCAUCAAAACUGCUGCUUCUAAUCGUGAGAGUGGUGACCGAACCAUGAUGGCUCUUCUCGAGAAUCAUGGAGGCGACAAUCAGAUUACCAAGGAAAUUGUCUUGAAAAUCAUCAAUGGCUUCAGCGAGACAGUGGUGAAAUAUCUCCUCCUUAGCUACGGUGCUACUAUUCAGAUCAAUGAAAGUUUGGUCAAGGCAGCGGCAUCGAAUCCUAAAGAUGGAGGCAAAAUCAUACCUAUGCUCUUUGCUCAUUGCUGCGACAAUAUCAUCACGCAAGACAUUCUGAUAGUAGCCGCCAUGAAUCGGGCGGAUGGAGACGAGGUCAUGAAAGUCCUUCUUGCGCAUUGCCGGGCUGAUGUCGAGAUUACCGAGAGUAUACUCAAGGCAGCAGCAUCUAAUCUUGAGAAGGGAAACCAGGUCAUGGAGAUCCUUCUCGCUAGACCUGGAUCUAAGCCCCAAAUCACAAACACCGUGCUAAAGGCAGCAGUGUCCAAUAGUCAUAGUGCCGACCAAAUCAUGAAGACGAUCUUCAGCCACGGAGGCGAUAUUGACAUCUCAAAGGAUAUUGUCAAGACAGCUGCAACGAACCCCAAAAGUGGAUAUAAGGCUAUGAAGAUUCUUUUGGACAAUCAGGGAUCCAAUAUAAAGAUCACAGAAGAUGUUGUUAAGGCGGCUGUGUCGAAUCGGGGCUGUGGAGAUAAGAUGAUAGAAACGCUUUUUGAUAUGCGUGGAGCUGAUGUCCCGAUAACGGAGGAAGUUGUGAAGGCAGCUAUAUCAAACAGCGGCAGGGGGCCCCUGAUUGUGAAAAUUCUUCUCAGAGAGUGUGGACCUAAAGUGGAAAGCACCAAGGCGUGGUCAAGAAUGCCCCACAGAUAA